UGUUGUCAGGAGGAAAUGGAAUGCAGCUCGGGUUGGGCUGUUCCUCUCUCUGUCCCGUAGCCCUCAUCUCAUCUGUUGUUAUUUACAUCGAGGAUAUCCUGUUUUCAACGGAAUAAUCGGACACUGGGGCACAUUGGGGGGAGCGUUAUUGCCCGGUAUGCCCCAACAGAACAGCUAAAACACGGUUAAAGGCUGAAGAUGGCUUCGGUGCGGGCGGUUGGCAAAGUUGCGGCGAGACUUUUUGAAAGUGUUCAGCCUCUUCACUGUGCUCUCAAAACUACUCGUCCAGUUGCAUUUCAACGGCAGGUCCACCAGAGGCUGCCCCUUAAUGGAAGUCAUCAAGCUCUUUUCUACAGUACAGCACUGCCCUCCUGUGAUGUGUCCCUGAGGAAUAAAUAUGGACGCUUGGUUCUGGAGGUCCCGUUGCCCUCCAGGAAUGAGAAUUGUCUGUUCUACCUGAGGCCGAUGCUGAUGAGUGUGGGAGACUUGAUCACAGAUCUGCAGAGAGAGGACCCCGGAGUCUCUGCUGCCAUUCUCUCCAAGGAUGGAGAGCGUGUAGCCAACACCACUCUAAUAGACGCUCUGCUCGAUAAAGACUUCAAGCUGGUCAUCAAUGAUGCAGUUUAUAAUGUCUGCGCUCCUGAAAGAGUGAGUACAUCUAACGAGCAUGCCAUGGGACUGGAGGACAUGAAGCAUGUUGUUCACCUGCUGCACACUGCGCUCCACCUGCCUGAACACCACCUGCUAAAAGAGAGACAGCUGCUGGAGAGACUGGACAACCUCAAACAGGAGCUGACUCCACUGGAGAAGAUAAAGGCACAGCUGUCCCAUACAGCAGAGUUCCAAAGCUCCAAGGUCAUCUGGACCGGCCUGGCUUUGCUGUCAGUGCAGGGUGGCGCUCUGGCGUGGCUGACAUGGUGGGUCUAUUCAUGGGACGUGAUGGAACCUGUCACUUACUUCAUUACAUAUGGCACCAGCAUGGGAGCCUUCGCCUACUAUGUCCUCACCAAACAGGAUUAUGUAUACCCAGAGGUUAAAGACAGACAGUUCCUGCGUUAUUUUUAUAAGGGUGCCAGCAAGAAGAAAUUCAACGUGGAAAAAUACAAUGAACUGAAAGAAGAACUGGCACAGGUGGAGGACGACCUGAGACGUCUGAGAGAUCCUACUCAACUUCAGCUACCACUUGAACCAAUCCAGCCAAAGCCAUAAACAAAGCCAAGCCAUGAAUAAUGAUCACUUACACUUACACACUCCAGAAAUAAAAAAAAACAAAAAAAAUUUCCUGCUUUAUUUUGAUAAAGGAGCCUUUAUACCUGGACUUCAUUCUGUCAUUCUGUGUUUUGUUUAAUGUCUUGAUAAUAAUGCUGGUGAUGUCUUUAGAAAAAGAAACACUGAUGAUUAUGAAAAUAAAAGUAUUUCCCAUACAAA